ACGAUUAACAAUUAACAUACUCCAUCUCUUUGAUCAUGGAGGAAAGGUGAAUAGGACGGCUACUUCUUUGUAGCAAGUUAGAGAGCCAUGGCUGCCGGGAGAGAGCACAUUGAGAGAUGGCUAUCAGGGACUAACCGAGAACUGUCGCUGGACAAAGGAUACACUCAUCCUGCUCACUCGACUGCACUCCCUCAACCCGAGACUACCAUUGUAUCAAAUAGUACUAUAGAUUCAUCUCCGCCUUCUCUCCUCCUCCCCCCUCAAACCAACAAAUCAGUUUUUCCUCAUCAAUCAUCUCACAUUUCAUUAUCAAAGAAACCAGGAUCAAAGAGCCCAAGAUUGCUUUCAGUUCAUUCACUAUCAUUUUCUCAACAUUUACCACCAUCGUCACACUCAGCACCAUCCUCACCCUCACUCUUCCGUAAUAAGUUGACCCCGUCCCCUUCAGAUCGAUUAAGUGUUGAUAAAGAUGAUCAAUCACAUACUCUCAGUCCGCCACCAAGAGCAUCAAGACACUUAUUGACUAAAUCAGUCUCCAGUGAUCAUUAUUGUACAUUAUCCAGUGAUCGUGAAGAUUCACUGAGAAAUGAUGAGUAUGUCACAGAGCAAACAUUGACAUUACUCUCAGAACACAUUACAGCAUCUAAACUGCCUCUCCUUGCGACUCAGCUUGGCCUGCCUGCCUCUGUAUUGGAGGAUGCUUUAAAUGAAUACAAACUACCUGACACUAGAGCUUUGUAUGUACUGCGAGUGUGGCUUGGAAAGGAAAAGAAAGAGGAGGGAGGAGGAGGGGGCACUGUGUCUGAACUAGUUAGUGCAUUGGAAUUGAUUGGAUUGUAUCAGUUAGCUCAUCAAGUAAGAAGUGGAGAAGUGAAGCCUCUUAAGAAGAAGUUGUCGUCUGAUUACAAUGUUUCAGAUCGAAGCGAUAAACGUGCCACCAGUGUUGGUGGUAAUUCAAGACGUAAACCUCUAAUGCACUGUCAUGGCUUCUCACUUCAGGGCGAAGAUGGAGAGAGGACUCUAAUUGUAAAAGAUGGAGUCCAAGGGAAUCAUAGUCAAGUUAAAGGCAGUUUUGAUUUUUAAUUUUAACUUUCACUACACUUUGGAGAUAAAGACUUGAACCACAAUACAUUGUGAUUAUAAAUCAUUAUUUUGUUUAGUAUCCCAGUUACGGAACAA